UCACCGUCACCACCAGCAUGACGCCCAGCACGGACAGCGAGGAGGCCAAUGCGAGGAUGCUGUUGUCCGCCGUCGAGCCUUUAUGCUGGCAGCUGUCGCCGUAGAACCACCAGUCGGGCCCCACGGCACACCUGAGACCGGUGGAAAAGCUUCCCGUUUUCCUGCACGCACACGCCGCCAUUCUGGCACUGUGCGCAGACUCCAGGGGGGGAUGAAGCGGUGGCUUGUGGCUCGCUCGUGGUGCUGGGCAACGGUUGGCUUGUAGUCAGAUGAGACACGUCUGAAGAGUGCGGCGCCACGCAACAAAAGAGCGAUGUGAAGCACCCAUGAUACGACCACACAUGUUCCUCCCGCCAUGUCCAGCAAUAAUUAAUGAUGCCGUGAUGGGAUGGCUGAAUGACGACACCGCCUUCCAGUCCAACAUCCCCGUGCCUCUGGACAUCACCGUGGCUGUGGUGUAUUCUCUUUUUGGAAUAUGCUCGGUGUUUGGCAACAGCACUCUGCUGUAUGUGUCCUACAAGAAAAAACAUGUCCUGAAGCCGGCCGAGUUCUUCAUCAUCAACUUAGCUGUCAGCGACCUGGGCCUGACUCUCUCUCUCUACCCGAUGGCCGUAACAUCCAGCUUCUACCACAGGUGGCUGUACGGGAAUACGGCGUGCUCCAUCUACGCCUUCUGCAGCAUGCUGUUUGGCAUCUGCAGUCUGAGCACUCUCACCCUGCUCAGCGUGGUGUGCUUUAUCAAAGUGUGCUUUCCACUGUACGGGAACCGAUUCAAUUGCCUCCACGGCCGUCUCCUCGUCGCCUGCGCUUGGCUCUACGCGUUGUUGUUCGCCUGCUGCCCGCUGGGCCACUGGGGCGAGUACGGGCCGGAGCCCUACGGCACCGCCUGCUGCAUCGACUGGCGUCUGUCCAAUCAGCUGCCGACGGCGCGCUCCUACACCGUGGUGCUCUUCUUCUUCUGCUACAUCCUUCCGUGCGUCGUCAUGCUGGCGUCCUACGCGGGCAUCCUCGCCACCGUGCACGCGUCGCACAAGACCAUGAAGCAGCAUGCCUCCAGACACAUGCACAUGAGUAGCAUCCAGAUUAUUAUUAUCAAGUUAAGCGUGGCGGUCUGCAUUGGGUUCUUUGUGGCGUGGAGCCCGUACGCUCUGGUCUCCAUGUGGGCUUCUUUCGGCGACAUCGACGACAUCCCGCCUCUGGCCUUCGCCAUGCCGGCCAUGUUCGCCAAGACCUCCACUAUCUACAACCCCAUCAUCUACCUCACACUCAGGCCUAACUUCCGCAAGGUAUUUUUCAGGAACCUUGGCGCUCUCAAGAACUCCACGGGAAAAUGCUGCUGCCAGCCAAGAGUCAAGGUGAGACUUCAGUUAGUCCAAAGAAGGACUGAACAGUUCCCGUUACCCGACUCGCCAGUGGUCGUGCUGAAAUGUCACAAGGAUACUGUUGAACGCUGCUCCGGGCCAUGUCCUCCAAUGGACGCCGGCGUUAAUCCCGCUCCCUAUGCAGAAUUAUUCAAGGAGAGAGUCGGUCCAAGUGUGAGCCGCACCAGGUCCCUGCUGUGCCCGACGUGCUCAAAACGAACUCCAGACAGUCUUAACAUUAACUUGGAGAUGGUUCCAGGCCAAGCAAAAGUGGCUUGGCCUUCAUUUACCCAAUAAUUUAAUGAGCAAUACACAAAAUAUGGUUCAGGAAUGUGAAAUUAAGAGCCACGGCAUAUUAUAUUAACCUUGGUGUCACUACAUAUUAAUGUGUACAGGGUGUCCCCAGAUCAAAAGUGGCACUAAAAAGAAAAAAAAAGUUUUCUAUUUGUGCCCCCCCCCCCCCCUCUCUAUUUGUUCUUUAGACUCACGCAGGGCAGUUGUUUGUUUUGCAGAUUGAUUGGGUCAUUUGUCACUGAUUAGCAAAAUUCACUUUGAGAGAGCGCAGGCGCCCAUUUUAUUGAUUUAAUUGAGAAAUUGGGAAAAACAGCAUAGAAAUUGAUUGUGGCAUUACAGCGUGAAAAGAAAUCUCUAAAAUAUUUUAAACAGUAAGUACAGAGCAAUAAAAUGUUGUGAGAUGAAUUUAAACUUUUAUGAUUUGAUUUAAAAAGCUUACAUAUACAGUACCUGCUUCAAUGCAUGUUUUUGUGAUUAAAAAAAAAUAUAUACAUUCAUCAACUCUUUUCCCAGCUCCUUCAAUGUUCUUGAUAAAAUGUCACUUUGAGCCUCCAAUCAAAUCAGACAUGUCACAUUCACGCUGGGUAAAGUUUUAAAAUGAUUUAUCUUGGGCUGAUUUAUUAUUAUUACAAGAGAAUAUUGCAUUUUGACUUCCUACAAGAGACUUUGGCAAAUCUGAGGAGAACUACAAAAGAAAGAAGUUCAUUAGAUAUUGGGAGUAGAAGCGCAAAUGUGCAAUAUUUUCUGAAUCACGCUAGCUUCUACGGUGCCUUCGAGAGCGCGGCAAAGCUUCCCGAUUUUACAGCCGAGACUCCCUCCGGUCCGUUUCCAGUGUUGCAGUGUCUGGUGCACCAUCUCCGACAGGCCGUCCGAGUGGAAGUCGUGCUCGAUGGUCUCUAUUUCCACCUCGCUCAAACCCAGAUGCCGUGCGCAAAACUUCCAGUUGGCGCCGAUGUUUUUCCUCAGUACAUCAAGGUGCUCUCCGGUCACAGCGCGGUCCUCUACGGGUGAAAAGUAAAAGUAAGUCAAAUGCGGUGUUCCACAAGGAUCCGUCUUUGAUCCCAUUUGAUUGACUCUUUUGGGUUAACCUGAAUAAGUUCAACCUCUUACCAUAUUUCUGAAUUCCUUCUUUGAGCUGAGAACUGGUCCAGAUGUGACCAGGAUGAAACGAAGAAACGUCCGAGUUGCCAAAGUGAAUAUUGAGGCUGUUGUUGUUACCGAUCUGGAUCCCCCUUGCAUUACUGAUGUGAAGCGAGCCUUCAAGAUCAAGACAAUUAACGUUAGUGUCAUCAGAAAUUCUCCUAUACUCAACGUGGUCUUCUAACGUACCGGACUCUUGGGCUGCACCGUAGUUGCUAGCACCCCAUGACGUUUCAGGCACUGAGGACGUAGGACAGGACUGCAGGCGGUAAUACGGAUGUUGCUGAUUGAAAGGUGGCAAGGAAUUAUUGCUAGCAGACGUAUGGAUUUGAGAUAACUUUGGCAUGGAAGUGGUCAUCGACUCUUGGAGGCAGGAAUACCCAGUGCGGUCUUGGCUACUGGGCUGCACAGGUUGCGCUUUUGUCCAGGAGUGGACGGAGGACGGUGUGUCGCGCUCUGGUGGUCUAAGAGUGUUAUUUGUAAAACUAGACAGACUAUCUGGUAAGCUUCUCCGGUGCGGUUUAGCGACAAAGUCAGACGGGCUGUCUUGGGUGUAGCUGCCGUGUAUGUGGUAGUUUAACUCCGGUUGCAGUUUUUCCUCUAAAGAGUCUUCUGGGUCUGGUUCGCUGGUGGCUGCCAGAGACGCUACAUUGGUCUCACAUUCAAGGGCAUCACUGUCCUCGAUACUGUCUUCGACCGGCCCAUUGACGCUUUUGUCU